AUGGAAGCGGAUGACACGCCAUGUUGCCAGCCCUUGUUUUGGGCGUAUCUAAUAAUAAGUUUAGUACUUUUGGCAUUUGCAGGUAUCACAUCAGGCCUUGCUUUAGGACUCUUGUCCUUCAGCCAAGUUGAUCUUGAGGUCCUCAUUAAGGCUGGGCAGCCACAAGCACAGAAGAAUGCAGCAAAGGUUAUGGCAGUUGUUAAGAACGAGCAUUUACUUUUAUGUACCCUCCUCACUGGCAAAUCACUAGCAAUGGCGGCACUGCCCAUUUUCAUGGACUCAAUUAUACCAGCUUGGGUUGCCAUUCUUGUGUCAACGGCCUUUGUACUUGCAUUUGUAGAGAUCAUCCCUCAAGCUGUGUGUUCUCGUUAUGCACUGAGUCUUGGUGCAAAACUUGCUACCUUUGUUAGUCUGCUUCUGCUGGUCUUCUUCCCUGUAUCAUGUCCAAUCAGUAGGCUCUUAGAUUGGUUUUUUGGGAAAGGUCAUGGUUCACUUUCAAGACGAGCAGAACUGAAGACAUUGGUGGAUUUGCAUGCAAAUGAGGCAGGGAGAGGUGGAGACUUAUCACUUCAUGAAACUUCUAUUAUUACCGGUGCUUUGGAUUUAGCAGAAAAAAUUGCUAAAGAUGCCAUGACACCAAUAUCAGAGAUUUUUUCUCUUGAUAUAAAUUCCAAACUCGACAUGCAUACAAUGGGUUUAAUCAUGAGCAAAGGUCACAGUCGUAUACCUAUCUACUCUGGAUAUCCAACAAAUAUUGUUGGAGUCAUUCUGGUUAAGAAUUUGAUCUUCUGCCGCCCUGAAGAAGAAAUUCCAAUCAAAUAUACGGCAAUCAGGAAAAUUUCUAGGGUAUAUGACAAUUGGCCACUCUAUGAUGUACUGCAUUUAUUUGAGAAGGGUCACUGCCAAAUGGCUGUUGUUAUUCAGAGUAAGGAGGAUGCUAACAACAUAGCAAAUAAUGCAAUCGAAUUAUCUUCAAUUGAUGAGAAAGAGUAUCUGAGUAACUCCACAGAUGCAUCUUCUCUUUUUUCAAUUGAAACAGACUAUUAUAGUGCUGUAAUGACAAAUGUCAUUGAGAAAGAUGAAAAUUUGCAUCCUCAGUAUAAAAAAAGGGAACAAGGGGGUGGAAAGACUUUACAGGAUUAUUUAGAAUCUCAUCGAGGAAAUUUGGAUGAGGGGGUCAUUGGAAUCAUCAUAAUGCAAGAUGUUAUGGAGGAACUGCUACAGGUAAUGUUAAGAAGUUAUAGUUCAUUUGAUUGA